AUGUCCGGAAAAAAACACUAUACGGAAACUGAGAAGCGUCUGUUCCUCAACAUUUUGAAAAAAUUUUCGCACAUAAUAGAGAACAGAAAAAGCGAUACAUCAACGCUUAAAGAUAAAGAAGAGGCGUGGAGACAAAUCGCAGAGGAAUAUAAUUCGUCUCUCAUUAUAUCAGCAAAGCGAAACGUUCAACAAUUGAAAAAAAUGUGGAGUCACAUGAAAACGACUCAAAGAAAUGCCUUAACAAAAGAGAAGCAGUCACAUCUUGCCACAGGAGGAGGCCCUAAAGAACCGUCAGCAGACGUGGAUCCCGAUAUUGCCAGCAUCGUCCCGCAUAUAAUGACGACAGCCCCAAUCGUCUUUUCAUCCAACAUUCCGGUUGAAAUAUUACGAGAGCACCGUGAAGCUGUUUUCAACGACGAGCUGAACGUUCUUGUGUCGGAGAUGCAAAAAGACAAUGAAGGGGAUGAAAACACAAUUGUCGUAGAGCUGCCAUCGCCUCCGCCGGAAACUUCCAACAGUUGUCCCAAUCCCUCAAUUUCCAGCUACGGGGACAUGGAAGUCGAAACUUCCAAAUUCUGCCCUGCCAAGAUUUUCAACCAACGCUCGAGGAGCUCGGUAUUGGAUACUCCAAUUCCCGGUAAAAAAAUGAAAAAAAUGGAUUCAUGCGGCAAAGAAAACAUCGAAGAAAAUAUGCUGCGAUCUAAACACGCGAAACACCUCGUAGAACUCGCCCAAUUAAAAAUUAAACACGAAGAGGAAAAAUUCAAGGAAGACAUGGCAUUUCUGCAACAAAAACACCACCUCGAGUUGCGAGCUGCGAAGGCUGCAGCGAAACUCGCAGAAUCACGCCUCAAUUAA